AUUAGGGAUUUGUCGCCACGCAUCGCUUCGCUCGCGCCCGCUGUAGAAAGUCUAUAAGCUACUACUUCCCCUUUGAAAGUGAACCAGUUGAUCAGCUUGAAUCGUGCAGUGCAGAGGCUGACAGCUCACAUGUUAAAACCUCACGGUUUUCCCUAAAGUUCAGUUGCUGAUUGGAGAGUCUCUCGCAGCCAUGUCACAGGAACAGCCAGAGCCAAUGGAUACUGAUCCAAUAUGACUUAUAUACAGCAGGCGCAGAAGUUCAAGACUCUGUAAUAACUCAGGAUGACAUGAAGCAUCAAAACGUCAAAAUGGAUCAGCUAUACUUACAGCCAGAAGAGGACAUUUAUACAGCUGGAGAUGAAAGGCCACAGCCUUCAGCACCACUGGAUAUCGCCAAAGUUAUAAUCAAAGUGGACUGGAGCGAACCAUUUCCAGACAGAUGGAGAGCAACAUUACAGAAAGCCCUUCAGAGCUGUUUGCUCAGACUGGAAGGAAAAGCAUCUGUCCUCAGCCUUAAACUCAUGGAUGAUCAGUCCUGUGCAGAGGUGCAGAUAACUCCAUCAACAGCUCUAGAAGCUUUAAAAAAGCUCAGGUCUAUACCUUUGAGGUUUAAACAUGAAAAUAAGGAAGUGACUGCAUGGAUUUGUCCGGAUGAAACACAGUGUGUGACUGUACCAUGCCAGACGUCCAUGCUGUACGAGAAUCUAAUUCCCUCAUCAAAGGUGAUCGGCUCUAUGCCUGUGACUGCAGCAUCAGAAGACACAAACAAUGUUGAGGACGUCACUGCAUCUAAUAGAGCUCUAAAUGAAGCUGAGACCACUAACACUGAUGAAAUGAGCCCUGAGACACCAGCUGGAUUCACCCUCCCUCUCUAUCAGUUCUGGUACAUGCAUCACGCUUACAGAAAGGAGUUAGAACAAUUUGAGAAACAGCAUGGAGUCUCUAUUUGUGCAGAAGUGUCCGUCUCAAUCAAACAUAUCCAGAGAUCAAGCCCUGAUUCUGUGUCUGAAAACCACUGCAGACUUUCAGACACUUGUUCAGAGAUGUACAGAUAG